UGUCAAUUGUCAUUUCAUUUAUGUCUUCAUCAUAACCUAUAAAUCUUGAAAUUUUUAUCUAUCGAAAUUCAAAACAAUACUAUAAUUAACCCACUUGGACUUUCUUAUAUUAGCACUACGAUAUUUACGAAUAAUAAUGUCUAACAGCCACUUAUUUAUGAAGUCUGGAUUCGUGCGGGCUCCUCUACAAAACGGUGUCGGUCGCUAUGUCCCUCAGUUACAGCGAAUUGUGCUGAAAUUCUGUAAAACUCAUGGAGGCAGUCGUGGAAUAAGAGACUUCAUAGAGCAAGAUCUGGUUGAGUUCGCAAAACAGAACCCCAGUGUAGUGGUGUACCUAAAGCCCAGACGACACCGGAGCCCUGUGGCUGUGGCAGAGUACUUGAAUGGCGAUAGAGUAUGGAUGAGUUUGCACCAGAAGUCCCACUCUGAAAUAACAAAAUGGAUCGAAGUACUACGAACUCAGCAAGGAGACGUCUCUGCAACGCGUUUAAGAAAAUACCAAUUCACUGACCAUCCAUCUAUACAGGGUCCCUGGACGCCUUUCACUUUUAAGGACCCGGAGCUCAACGUAGCCCAGCUACCUGACCCCAAAUUUGGAGCCAAUGAUAGGCUCCCUAUGACAGCCACUGACAAAUUGAGGAUUAUGUUUGAGAAACAGAAGAUUUCUGAAGACAAUGUCAAGACUGGGGAAUAGAAAACUAUGAUAGUAGGUGACAACCAAAGACAAUAGGGUAGUUGACUCAUAUCAAGGGAGAUGGUCCAUUUCAGAUCCACUUUUGUACCCUGUAUCAUUAAAAUUUAAAAAAUACAAGGAUUUUAUUAAAAAAUUUUAAAGUGAAUAGAUCUAACUAACCAAAAAGAAAUAAAUAAAAUUAAAUACCCAAGCUUUUGAGUUAAAUCAAGAUGGCGCCCUUAAAACAACUAUGACAUGACAAUUGACAGCAAACGUCAAUACGAUUAAUGCAUUGAAAAGUUGAAAACGUCAUCAAUAUCAAAAUAUACCCUUAAUAAAGUGUUACAUUUCUUGGGAGAUAUAGAAUAUUAUUUUGAAAAAAUUAAGUUAAAUUAUAUAAUCAACAAAAUAUAUAUUUUUUUUUUAUUUCCGCUAGGGUACAAUGACUGAUCCUGGACUCAAUACAAUUAAGGACUAUCUCCUUUAAUAUAAACAAUAUGAAUUUGUGUAGUACAUCGAUUAAGGGUCCGAAAUAUAUUUAUAUCAAUUAAUAAAAGUUAAGGAUUUCUUUUAAAACUUAAUUUGAAUAUCACGUAUUUUUUCAAAUUUUCCAAACGUCAAAAACGCUGUCAUCCAUGUUGUGACGUCACUAACACUAACACCCUUGAUGUACUAAACGUCGAACUAAUUGAUAAGUAAUAUUUUUGUCAAACGCUCGUUUUUAUCGGGUUUUGACUCAGAUAUUAUAUAAGACCUCGAUAGACGUUACUUUUCUGUCAAAGUAUAUGAUCAACGAUCUAAUGCGAUUAUAAAAACUGUCGCUAUAGAAUCGAUGUUAAAUAGUUGUAAUCGUGUUCGUCGGUUAAAGAGCUCCGUGAAAAUACCUUUUUGUGUAAUUGAAUUGUGUAAAAAACGGGCAAAAACUUCUAGUUUAGAUAUAUGCAAAAUCUAAGCUCGUUUUCCUCAGAAAAUGACAAUUUUGUUCGUGACUAUGAGUGCGAUACAGGUCCUUCUAUAAUUGGUCUGAGGGUUUUGAUAUAGUGACGUCAUGAAACAGUUGAAAUAUCGACCGUCAUGGCCGACAGGCGUAUUGUGUGUUGUGGCUCGUAUUGUCAAUACAUAUAUAAAAACUAAUAUUUUCAUGUAAUCACGUCUCAAAAAAUUUGGAAUUUUUUUUUAGUCUAGUAAACGACUAUUGAAGACCAUUUAAAAAAGUGUCAACUAGCCUAUUUGAGUAGUGAGCUCAUAAGUUAUUAAUGAACAAGUUAGAUUAUACUUUUUUGCACCCUGAAUAACUUCACGCUCUUUUACUUUUAUUUUUAAACAAAACAAACAUAUUUAGAUUCUUAAAAUGUUUUGUGUGAAUGAUAUGAAUGUAAAAUAAAAACAGUGGUUAUCUAAGUAAAAAUUGUUUUCCUGUAUUAAAUUCCAAGAUUGGAAUUCUGACUCUGGUCUAACUUAAUAAUAUGUAAAUAUAGAUUGUAGUAGUUAGUUAAAUAAAUUGAUUUUAUAUUCAAAA